AUGGAUAACGCGGUUAUAUCGGGGCUUUUAGCUGAGAUUGGCUGGAACACAAAUCUCACGUUUAACGCCGAGAAUAAAGCUUUGCUAGAUGAGAUCCAGAGAAAACAGAAAGAUCGAGCAAAUGUGGAAAACAGAGUGAGCAAGCUCAAGGACCGGAUCAGUGCCAUGACUGAGCAUACGACAAACGUCCAGCAAGAGCGCAUUCACUCUCAGGCCCUGUGUAGGGCUGUGGAGAAGCAAACGGAGUCCGGGCUGCAUUUCAAGGCCUUGUCCGACAGAGAGAAGGGACGGCUUCGUCAGGAGAUUUCUCAACAGCAAAGCGAGCUCAAAUCGCUGCGAGAGAGGAAGAACUCAAAGGAGAACAACAUCUUCAAAGCCACACAGAAGAUAGAGGUCCUCAAGGGGCAGGUGAACAUGGACCAGCAAACUUUGGACGCCUGGCUGGAGGAAUCGGCUCGCAAAGACGAGGACAUCAUGACCAUCGUCAAGUAUGCACAUCAAGAUGAGAGCAGGAUUCGAGAGCUGACUCUGAACAUAGACAAGCAGACGCUGGAGGCGAACCGCAAGAGAAAAACUUUGGAAAAUGAGGCCACUGAGACCAUCAUGGCACAGGUGGCUGUGGAGAAGACGGCCGAGCUGGUGCAGCAGGCCAACGUGGAGAGACAGGAGCUGAUCACACAGUGGGAGAACUCUAUCGCGCAGAUGAGGAAGAAAGACCAGGAUAUACAUCAGUGUGCUCUGCUGCAGGUGGAGACGAAGCAGACGAUCUGUGAACGCAAAGCACUGCUAAACGAGAAGCAGAACUUCCUAGCUUACGAGGUGGACAACAACAAGGACUGCGAGAAGAAGAUCGCCGCAGCCGAACGCCAGGCCAACACCCUAUGGCAACAGUUUCAGGAAGAGGAGAGCAACCGCACUCGACUGCAAGAUGAGCUGGUGAGCCUAAAGGGCGAGGUGAAUCGCACUGCUACAGACCUGGAGGCUAAGAGAUCCCACUUAGCGAGCAUCAAGAAGGACAUCAACAUUAAAACAGCAAAAUUGGAGGACAGGCAGCGGUACAUCAUCGCUCUCAAAGCGAAGUUGCAGGGCGUGACGGAGGAAGCUCUUAGCGUGGAGGAGAGAGCCGCUCAGAUGGAAAAGCUGCACCGAGACCUGAAGAAACACCUCAAAGAACUUAACACUCAAAUCCAGCGGGAAAAAAAGCUCCUCUCCCAGAAAACGCAGGAGCUACAGACGCUGAGAGAAAAAGAGAAAAAUGUCAUAGCAGAUAUCUCAGGCAGUCGUGUAGCUCUGUCCAGCCUGGACAACCGCCUCAGUAAACUGGACCAAAAUGUUCUCAGGCAGCAGGACUACAUCAACAACCAGGAAUUCCAGAUCCAGUAUCUGGAGGAGAAGAUGGCCCGUCUGAGUGGCAACGUGAACGAAGAGGAGAAACAGGUUCUGGAAAAUCAGGUCUCUGAGCUGAGUGCGGUAUUGGAGGAAAAGAAAAGGGCAGCUGACUUGCUUGCAGCACAGCUCAAGAAGCUUCAGAAUGAUAUCCGUUUUGUGGGGAAAGAGAAUGAGAAGACGGAAGCAGAUAAGCAAGACCUGACCACAAAGAUUGAGGAAUUGAACCUCGUUGAUGACACCUUGAACAAAGAGCUGAAGAGACUUUGUCUCAAGAAACAGGACAGCAUAGUGGAGAACAAUAUCCAGCAGCUGCAGGUGAAGCGUCUCAGGACCUUGCUGUAUGACAGGGCGGAUGGCGUCCUCUCUCAGGAGAAGAGGAAGCUGAAGCUUCAGAAAUUAAUGAAGGAGCAGCAGAAGGAGAUCUGUGUGUAUCAGAAAAUGUGCACCAAGCAGCUGAAGAUCACUGAGCAGGAGAUACAGCGUCUCAGUGCCCAGUUGUAUGAACGACUGUCCAAAGUUGACAAGAUGAAGAAAAAAUACGAGAUCGUCAACAUUUCCAUGGCGGCACCAGAGGGCGAGGAAGACAAAUCCCAGGCCUAUUACAUUAUCAAGGCAGCUCAAGAGAAGGAGGAGCUUCAGUGCAAGGGCGACGAUUUGGACGCCAAGAUCCGCAUGAUAGAGAAAGAGAAUAAGGCGUUGGAAAAUACCAUGCACCUGCUCAAUAAUCAUAACAGCGCCUAUCGUAAAUCCAUCAAAGAGUCCAGCCCCGAGUAUCAAGAGAAAUUGAAGUUAGAGGAACAGAAAAGGGCGGCGGACGAGAAGGGCAAGUUCAAGAGACGCCAAAUCAGAGAGCUGCAGGAAAACUUUGAGGUCAUGAGCAGCUCACUCAACAGCCUGCAGCAAGAAGAAGGUGUUGAGAGACAUAGAAAAGCAGAUCUGGAAACACAAGUUGUCUCUUUCAAAGCCGAGCUCAUUUCUCAGCAGGAAAAAUGGGACAGGGCUACCAAGCAGUCCUUAAAGCUGACAAAGGAGGUCCGCUCUAGCAAAAACACCAAAAAGGAGACCUUUGAGGAACGUGACCUCAAUCAAAAAGUACUGAAAGACUGCAAGAAGACGGUCAAUAAGCUGUUUCUGGAAGUCAUGGAGCAGCAUCCUGACCUCCAGGAGACGUUACAGACGUACUUCAUGCAGGCCGGGCUUGCUCUUCCCUCUCCUGCACCAACCCCGUCGAGCAGGAGUUCAAAGCUGAGUUCGGCACGUAGCUCCGUUUCUCUCAGAUCUUCCAGAUUCCCCAGGCCAUCAGCAGCUAACAGCGCCAGAGGCUUGGCAGUUCACUCACCCUCCAUAAAGAAGAUUGAUUUAGGCCUUGGACUUGCCGUUUCCUCUACUCUUUCACCUCAGCCUCUGGGCAGUGACAGGAGCAGUAGGAACAACAAGAGCAGAAGGAACAUCAGAGACAGACAUCUCAAAAAUCCUUAAUCAGUACUUUAUCGGCUUACGGGAAAUGCUCUGUGUGAUACAGAAUAUUUGUGAGAUAUAUAAAUUAAAUCAAUUUCAUAUUCCCGACUUUGUGGGAACAGUUUG